AUGAAAUUAAUAAUAAAUUUUAUAAUACAAUUAAUUUUAAUAAAUAUUACAAUGAUAAAUUGUAAAUCAUUUGAAUUUAAAAUGACAAUUUUUAAUAAUUCAGAUUGUAAUGAAUUAGGAAUUGUAUCAACAUUUUCCGUGUCACCAUGUAGUGAUUUUGGAUUAAUUAAAUUCGAUAAUCAAGAUAGUGGUAUAGUUUAUAAUCCAAUUGUUGAAAUUAAAAAUUGUUUAUCAAAAUUAGAUGGUGAAUCCGAUGAAGUUAGAGCAAUUGAUUCAUCAAGAUUCCAAUUUGGUAAAUGUCAACCUCAAAAAACCUCUCCAAAAUAUUCCAAAGUUUCCUAUCUUUUCAACAUUGAUAGAAAUCAAAGUAUUCCUAAAAAGUCUGAAGGAAAAUGUAAUAGUAUAACAUUCCUAUACGAUUCUGAACAAGAUAAAUCCAACAAUAAACCAAAUUGUAAUUACACUAAAAUCAGAUCCUAUGAAAAUGGAACUUGCUAUGAAAAUCCAAUAGUACAUCGAUAUGAAAAACUAAUGUGUAUUGGUGAAGAUAUCAUUACCUAUCGUUGUGGCAAUGAUUCAUUAUGUCAAGAUUCAAAUUGUUAUCCAUUCGACAAAUUCCCAUCAAAUUCAACUGUUUUUGAUAAUUAUUGUAAAAAUUUAAAUUUUACAAAUGAUAAUGAAAAUAAUGAAAAUAAUAGUGAUAGUAAUAGUAAAAAUAUUAAUACUAAUAAUAAUAAUAAUAAUAAUAAUAAUAAUAAUAAUAAUAAUAAUAAUAAUAAUAAUAAUAAUAAUAAUAAUAAUAAUAAUAAUAAUAAUAAUAAUAAUAAUAAUAAUAAUAAUAAUAAUAAUAAUAAUGAUAGUAAUAAUAAUAAUAAUAAUAAUAAUGGUGAUGAUGGUGGUGGAAUUGUUAAUUCUAUAUUUUCAAAUUCAAAUAUUAUUAAUUUAAAUUCUAAAUUAAUACAAUUACUAAUUUCAAUCUCAAUUUUAAUUUUAAUGUUACUCUAA